AUGAUUUUCCGGUUUGAUUUAAGAAAGAGACCAUGCCCAACGCAGAUACUUCUGCCAAUACGCCAAAAUGAUGGGCUCAAUAUCCGAAGACUUGAAGAACAGAAAGGCGGCUUAGCCUUGUCUCCGAACGAGCUAAGACAGCAACUACAAGCCUCAGUGCCCUAUCAAUUCAUCGUUCUAUGUUAG